GAGCUCUAGCGAUCAUUCACAAAAUCAUGAGACCCAUCAUGGGACAGUGUUGCCACACUUCUUAACAGCAGUGUUUUGGGCCAUCUCUGCUGGUGGUAUGGCGGUAGAAACCAUGGCGCACGACUGGGAGUUUGACCGUUUUGACGACGGUUCACAAAAAAUACACACAGAGGUUCAACUGAAGAACUACAGCAGGUUUCUGGAGGAGUACACCUCCCAGCUGAGGGGUAUCGAAGAUGCUUUGGAUGACUCCAUCGGAGAUGUGUGGGACUUCACUCUGGACCCCAUUGCCUUGAGGCUUCUUCCAUAUGAGCAGUCAUCCCUAUUGGAGUUAAUCAAAACAGACAACAAGGUUCUGAACAAAGUCAUCACAGUUUAUGCUGCUCUCUGUAGUGAAGUGAAGAAACUCAAGUAUGAGGCAGAAACCAAGUUCUACAAUGGCUUAUUGUACUAUGGAGAGGGAGUGUCUGACACCAGUGUUGUUGAAGGAGAGUCGCAGAUUCAGAUGGGCAGAUUCAUCUCAUUCCUUCAGGACCUGUCCUGUUUUGUAUCGAGAUGUUACGAAGUGGUGGUCAACAUUGUUCAUCAGCUGGCUGCCCUCUACAACAGCAACAAGAGCGCAACAAAAAUCAUUGAGUCCUCAGGUGUCCAUUUCCAGAUAGUGUAUGAACACCUCGGGGAAUUGUUGGUGGUUCUGCUCACUCUCGAUGAGAUUAUGGAAAAUCAUGGCACGCUAAAAGAUCACUGGAAGAUGUAUAAAAGGUUGUUGAAAUCCGUGCACCAUAACCCUGGGAAAUUUUCCAUUCCUGAAGAGAAGCUGAAACCUUUUGAGAAGCUCCUGCUCAAGCUUGAGGGACAGCUGCUGGAUGGCAUGAUACUGCAGGCCUGUGUGGAGCAGAGAUUCGAUGAUCCUGGGGAAGGAGUAGCUGUUGCCAAAAACAGUGCCUUUGCUGAGGAGUUUGCCUUCAACAUUCGCUCUAUCUUCACUAACGUCGAAUCCAAAAUUGGUGAACCUUCAGAGAUUGACCAGAGAGACAAAUAUGCUAGCGUCUGUGCUCUCUUUGUGCUUCACUUUCACAUCUUCAGGAGUGUUGACAAAAAGCUCUACAAGGCACUGCUCGAUGUCUGUAAAAAGGUUCCAGCUGUCACGUUGACCGCAAACAUAAUCUGGUUUCCUGACAGCUUCCUCAUCAGUAAGGUCCCAGCUGCAGCUAAAUUGAUGGAUAAGAAGAGUCUGCAGGGCAUCAGGGCGCAGAGGGACACCUUCCUGCAGCAAAAGGCUCAGACACUAACUAAGGAUGUUCAGUCCUACUACGUUUUUGUAACUUCUUGGAUGAUGAAGAUGGAGUCCAUCUUGUCCAAGGAGCAUAAAAGUGACAAACUGGCUGAAGACCUUAACAGCAGGUGUAAUGUGUUUGUGCAGGGCGUCCUGUAUGCAUACAGCAUCAGCACCAUUAUCAAAACCACCAUGAACAUGUAUAUGUCGAUGCAGCGGCCCAUGACCAAGACCUCUGUUAAAGCUCUGUGUCGACUGGUUGAGUUGCUUAAGGCUGUGGAGCACACAUUUCACAGGCGGUCCAUGGUUGUUGCAGACUCUGUUUCUCACAUUACUCAGCAGCUGCAGUCACAGGCCCUCAACGCCAUCAGCACUGCCAAGAAAAGGGUGAUCUCAGACAAGAAGUACAGUGAGCAACGACUGGAUGUGCUGUCAUCACUGGUGCUGGCAGAAAAUGCUCUGAAUGGACCGAGCACUAAGGAGCGACGUCUGGUGGUGUCUCUGGCACUGUGUGUCGGCACUCAGCUGAAAACAUUCAAAGAUGAGGAGCUGCUUCCACUGCAGCUUGUGCUGAAGAAGUUGGAUCUGAUUAGUGAGCUGAGUGAGAGGGUCAAGCUGCAGUGUGACUGCAGUUUCCUUUACUGGCAUCGAGCUGUGUUUCCCAUCUACCUAGAUGAUGUAUACGAGAACGCCGUGGAUGCAGCACGGAUACACUACAUGUUCAGUGCACUGAGAGACAGCGUGCCCUCCAUGUUGUACGCCAAACACAUGGACUCCUGUGACCAGCUACUGGAGAGCUAUGACAAGGAGAUCAUGGACGUGUUCAACGAGCACCUGCUGGACAAGUUGUGUAAGGAGAUUGAGAAGGACCUGCGUCUCUCCGUUCACACCCACCUGAAGCUGGAUGACAGGAACCCUUUCAGAGUCGGCAUGAAGGACCUGGCCCACUUCUUCUCCCUGAAACCCAUCCGAUUCUUCAACCGCUUCAUUCAUAUCAAAGCGUAUGUGACACACUACCUGGACAAAACGUUCUACAACCUAACCACUGUUGCUCUGCAUGACUGGGCCACUUACAGUGAGAUGAGAAACCUCGCGACGCAGCGCUAUGGACUUACGAUGACGGAGGCACACCUGCCCAGCCAGACCCUGGAGCAGGGUUUGGACGUUCUGGAGAUCAUGAGGAACAUUCACGUUUUUGUCUCACGCUACCUUUAUAACCUCAACAACCAGAUCUUCAUAGAGAAGGCAAGUAAUAACAAGCACUUGAACACCAUCAACAUUCGUCACAUCGCCAACUCCAUCCGGACCCACGGCACAGGCAUUAUGAACACCACGGUGAAUUUCACUUACCAGUUCCUGCGGAAGAAGUUUUACAUCUUCAGCCAGUUUAUGUAUGACGAACACAUAAAAUCCAGACUCAUCAAGGACAUCCGCUUCUUCAGAGAAACGAAGGACCAGUCUGAUCAGAAGUAUCCAUUUGAGCGAGCAGAGAAGUUUAACCGCGGCAUCAGGAAGCUGGGCAUCACCCCUGAUGGACAGAGCUACCUGGACCAGUUCAGGCAGCUCAUCAGCCAGAUUGGUAAUGCCAUGGGUUAUGUGCGUAUGAUCCGUUCUGGAGGCCUCCACUGUUGCAGCAGUGCUAUCAGGUUUGUCCCUGACCUGGAGGACAUAGUGAACUUUGAGGAGCUGGUGAAGGAGGAAGGACUAUCGGAGGAGACACAGAGAGCUGCCAGUGUUUUAGAUUCGGUGUUGGGGGAUCUGACCAGCAACUCUGCUGAGGGGACAGAGUACUUCAAGAUGCUGGUGGCGGUGUUUGCACCUGAGUUCCGCAGUGCCAAAAACAUGCAUCUGAGGAACUUCUACAUGAUCGUACCCCCGCUGACGGUGAAUUUCGUGGAGCACUCCAUCAGCUGCAAAGAGAAACUCAACAAGAAGAACAAAACUGGAGCUGCUUUCACAGAUGAUGGCUUUGCUAUGGGUGUGGCUUACAUUCUGAAGCUGCUGGACCAGUACCUGGAGUUUGACUCUCUGCACUGGUUCCAGGCUGUCAGAGAUAAGUACAAGAAAGAGAUGAGUGCUGUGGUGAAGGAGCAGAACGUCCAAUCUGCCAGCCAGGAUGAAAAGUUGUUGCAAACAAUGAACCUCACUCAGAAGAGGCUGGAUGUCUACCUUCAGGAGUUCGAGCUGCUUUACUUCUCGUUAAGCAGCGCCCGAAUCUUCUUCAGAGCAGACAAGACUGCAGCUGAGGAGACCCAGGAGAAGAAAGACAAAGAUGAAGCUGCCAAAGCAGGAAGUGCUUCAGAUGGCUCAUCCCCCACUGAACCUGCCUCAAAGUGACCCUCACUGUGAGAUCAUAACUCAGAGAGUACUGUAAAAUAAGGGAAGUACCCGUCAGAGCAACUGUGUAGAGAUUUCUUGCAGGAGACAGCACUGAAAUGUGUGUGUGUGUGUGUAUAGUUCACGGAGAACAACAAAAACAACUGACAAAUGAAGAGUAUUGUUUUCAUUACUCCAAACGUGUCGGGACAAAGCGAUCGUCUUCAUUAGAUAAAGAAUGUGUGCUGAAAGUGCUGCUGUAGGAAGUGUCUUUCUCAUUUUCAUUCUACUGAGACAUCGAUGUAACAUCCCACGGCUUUGAAGUGUUUGCAGCAUCAAAUAAAUUCAGCUUGAAUUUGUAGCAUUUACUUAGACAACUGCAAUUUGUAACGGCCAGAUGGUGUUUUUAUACUUGUAUAUUCUGUCUGAAUUGAACUGUUAUUUUUCUAUUGUAGAAGCCUUGGCUAUAUUAUGUCCUCUGCUAAUUAGAAACCAGUUCAGCCGACGAUUAAUUUGCAUCUGUUUUGACUUUGCUACAUCUUUGUUGGUGUCCAACAUACUAAUUGGUUGAUUGAUUGUUCAUAACCUUCAAAUGCAGCUCUGUUCUUAAUGCCUCAAUAGAUUGUAGCAAAAGCAGUGAGGACUCUUGAGAAUGUUGUCUGUGUAUAAUCUCAUGUUUGUGUGCCAUAUUUGUUCACUGCAAAUUUUUUCAUCUUUGUUUUAUACAUUGUACGAAUUAAGGUGUGCUUGUGCCUUUCUAAACUCUGUGCUGAUAACUUGAUUAAUUUAGAAUAUGUUCAAACAUUAAGUUUCCUGCUCCUUGAGUGUUGCACAGUUCAAAUAUUAUUUCUUUGCAGCACUGAAGAUGUAUCAUUAUUUUUACUUCCCAGUUUUAUAUCUUUCAACAUGUUAAUGAGUUCACAAUUUGGUCGAAAUUACAUUCCAUGAAUAACUUGCUUGAAAAGUUCUGUGAAGUCUUUGACGACUAAUAAAAAUUGCACUUUCAACAGAAUUUAACGUUUGAAUCAGGAGUUUGUACUGACAGUGCAAAAAAAGUCAGAAAGCGCACAUUACAUUCACAGUUUAUGUAUAUGGUUGUUACAACUGUGUACUAUAUUAAAAAUUGAUUCAACAA